CGCGGCCGGAUGUUUUGUGAUUAGAUAUUAUAUGAUUAAAAUUUAUUACUUCUAGAAUCAUUAAUGAAUUUGAAAAUAUAUCAAGGAUUAUUAAUGAUAUCUAUUAUUAGUUAGUGUCACCUAAACGCCACAGAAUGCGGUCAAGGAUAUUUAUCGUGGUCGUAUUACUGCUGUUCCUAUCUGCGGUAUGGUUCCUGGGCCACCUGUAUAGAGGGCUAGUGGCCCUAUAUGAGCAGUAUGGUGCACUCUCUGACACGGAAUACUCAUGGAUAUUCCGUUUGAUGUUGAAUUUCGUGGGCUACUCCACCAUCAUAUUGCCGGCCUACAUUCUGUACAAGUAUCUUGAAAAAACGAAUUAUUUUGACAAAAUAUCGACAAAAAACACAUGGCUCUCCCGUGUUCUGUUCGCUGUAUUCGGUGACCAGGAGCGUCUGCCGGACAGCGUGAAGGCUGUGGAGGAUGAGAGCAUCACCAAUGAGGGUGUGGAGCUGGCGUUCUGCUUCACCGGCCUCAUGGGGGCCUACCUCAUGUGGGGGCUGCUGCAGGAGAAGAUCAUGACGCAGGACUACACCCUCUCCGACGGUACCACGGUCCGCUUCACGGACUCGCAGUUCCUGGUGUUCGUGAACCGUCUGCUGGCGUGCUGCCUGGCGGUGUCGCGGCUGCUGGCGACGCGGCGGCCGCUGCUGCCAGCGCCGCUCAGCCGGUUCGCGCCCGCCGCGCUCACCAACGUCGUCAGCGCCUGGUGUCAGUACGAGGCGCUGAAGUACGUCAGCUUCCCUACGCAGGUGCUGUCAAAGUCAUGCAAGGUGAUCCCGGUGAUGAUAAUGGGCAAGAUCAUCUCGCGCAACAAGUACGAGUUGUACGAGUACGUCACCGCCGGCGCCAUCUCCGCCGGCAUGGCGCUGUUCAUGAUGACCAGCGGCGCCGGAUCAGGCAGCAGCACAACGACAGCAGCUGGCGCAGCGCUGCUCGCGUUGUACAUGUGCUGCGACAGCUUCACCAGUAGCUGGCAAGCGGCGCUGUUCGCCAGCCACCCUUCCCUCCGCCCCCUACAAAUGCUGGCAGCAGUCAACCUCUGCUCCUGCGCUCUGACAGCCCCUGCUGCCUUAAACACCAACAACCCUGCGUUAUACACACCACAAUUCAUAUUCGACUGCAUUUUACUAUCCAUCAGCUCUGCUGUCGGACAACUGUUAAUUUAUCGUACUAUAUCAAAAUUCGGUGCGGUGGUGUUCACUAUAAUAAUGACGUUGCGCCAGGCGGUGUCUAUACUGACGUCGUGCAUAGUGUACGGACACGCGGUGUCUAUAAUCGGCGCGGGUGGUAUCUCGUUGGUGCUCGGCGCGGUGCUCCUGCGGUUGUAUUGCCGCGCGAGACGCAAGCAGCAAAGAGCAAAGGCUGUCCGAACGUAAUCGACUUUAUGCGUAUGGUAGUAGGGUUUAAAUUUGAACGCGUUAUGUUGUGAGUUGUGACGUAUGUAUGUCACACCUAAAUUUUUUUUAAAUCAUUUAUUUAUCAAUAUAAAGUUACAAAAUCAAUGUUAUACGGCGUAAUAUAAGCUUAUACAAGUUUUACCAUGCGCCGUCCAGUCGUUGUUUCACAUAUCAAAAUAAAUAACGACCGUAUUUGUACAGAGUUAGGUUUUAAUUUGAACGCGUUAUGUUAAUGUUACGUAUGCAUGUUACAUAAAAGUUUACAGCGACCAGGCAAUAGUUUGGAAAACUGUCUUUUUCCUUAUUGACAAUGUCUGUAGAAUAUAAAAUUACAAAAGUUGUAUCUUAUUUAAGAAAGUGAUUACGCACAAAAUAUACAGAUAGGUAUGUAUUAUAAUGAUGUUGUCCUAAACGUCCUAAACGUCAGAUAGGUAAAUGUAUGUAAAAAUAGAGGCCUAUGUCCAGCAGUGGACGAAUAUAUCCUGAUAUGAUGAUGUCCUAAACGCCCGGACAUUUUCCUAUCUAUAUAGAAUAUAGUUGGAUAAACACCCAAAGUGCCCAAUAUACAUGGACAAUUA